AUGGGGUUGCCAGCCUCGAACCACCACCGACGGCGAAGCUCGAUGCUCACAGGGGCGACUCGGCCGGGGCAGCCGGGCUCCUCGGAACGGAGAGAUGACAGUCUUCGACCAGGAGACGACAGAUACAAAUGGGACGAACAAGAACCGUUGACGGCCGAGGACACUGAUACGUCGGAUCUCUCAGCAGCGGCGAUGGACACACGCGAGCUAGACAUUAGUUCAGAUGAUGAUCACUACGAUGAGGAGACUGGUCUUACAGCAAGUCAGAGACGUCAGCGACGUCGACGGCGCAGACAACGCCGCAAGCUGGAUGCUCGCAUCGCCGACACAAAAUCUUAUAAUGGCCUCCUUCAGCUCGGUCUGGCGGAUCGCAAUGUUGUCAAGAAACUCAUGGCUAACGCAGGUCUGAUCCUUAUGUGGUAUUUCUUCUCAUUGUCAAUUUCCAUCUAUAACAAGUGGAUGUUUUCCGAGAGCGAUGUCGUCUUCCCGUAUCCUCUUUUCACCACGAGCUUGCACAUGGCUGUUCAAUUCACACUCGCCAGUCUUUUACUAUACUUGUUCCCGUCAUUGCGCCCGAGUCACCCCAUGGAGUCUGCCGCCAGCUCCCCCGUCGAAGAAUCCAAAAAGGAGCCGGUACUCACCAAAUUUUUCUACUUCACGCGCCUCGUCCCUUGCGGGGCAGCAACGUCCCUUGACGUUGGUCUAGGCAACAUGUCGUUGAAGUUCAUUUCCCUCACUUUCCUCACAAUGUGCAAAUCAUCUGCACUCGCCUUCGUUCUGCUUUUUGCUUUCCUUUUCCGCCUUGAAUCUCCGUCGGUGAAACUGAUCGUGGUCAUCGCCGCUAUGACAAUUGGUGUUGUUAUGAUGGUUGCCGGCGAGACUGCAUUCAAUGCACUCGGUUUCACCCUUGUCAUUGCCUCCGCCUUCUUUUCCGGGUUUCGAUGGGGUUUGACACAGAUUCUUCUGCUUCGUCAUCCGGCAACCUCAAACCCCUUCUCGACUCUCUUCCUUCUCACACCCGUCAUGUUUCUUUCUCUUAUCGUCAUUGCCCUCACUGUGGAGGGCCCCAACGAGAUACACGGAGGUUUCCUUAAACUCGCUGAGCAACAUGGAACGGCAAUGGGAGCCUGCCUGCUGAUUUUCCCUGGAGUUCUGGCAUUCUGUAUGAUUUCAUCUGAAUUCGCCCUGCUUAAACGCUCUUCGGUGGUCACCCUGAGUAUCUGCGGUAUCUUCAAGGAAGUGGUGACCAUUAGUGCGGCGGGUAUCAUUUUCCAUGACAAAUUAACUCCGGUUAACGUGACUGGCCUUGUUGUUACCAUUGGCAGUAUUGCAUGCUACAAUUAUAUGAAGAUCUCGCGGAUGCGCAGCGAAGCACGAGAAAGUUGGAGCCGUGAGGGUAGUCCAGACUCCGACACCGAGGAUACAGAGCUUAGUGGAGCAGAGACUAGCGAUUACCGCCGCGUCGCAAAUCCCGAGCCGGGCCUGAUCAGUGUUGUCCCGGGGGAUCAUUUCGACGACGACCUGCAUGCUUCACGAACGGGCGACCAGCGCCGCUCGUUCCGUGUCCGCGCCAGCGGUGCCAUGCAGGGGCUUACGAUUUCCACAUCCACUAUACCCGAGAAUGACGGCCCUGGGUCGCCCAUUAAGUCCGCCCCUCCAACCAUCACCUCCAUGUCCGAGGCAUUCCCCGCACAUCUUCAGGCGUCUGAUCGGGAAGCAUCCCCAGGCGUCCACUCUACUUCAUCUAUUUCGCCAGUGCGGCAACACACUCCCAUGAAUCACUAG